AUGGAGAUGGAACUGUAUGUUAAGAGUUGCAAGAAGUGUACUCUUGUCGCAGCACCGAACCCACCAGAACCUUUGGUCCGAACAAAAAUGCCAGACAAAGCAUGGAUUGAUCUAGCCGUAGAUUUCGUUGGUCCAUUACCCUGCGGUCAUAACUUACUGGUCAUCGUAGACUAUUUUAGUCGCUUCACAGAAGUAAUUAUUAUGCGUCAAAUCACAGCUACCCUGACGGUAAAGGCUCUUCAUGAAACGUUUUGUCGUUUCGGUAUGCCAGAAUCCAUCAAAUCCGAUAAUGGACCCCAAUUCAUCAGCACCGAAUUUCAAGAGUUUUGCAGACAGUUUGACAUUGACCACAGAAAAACAACGCCCUACUGGCCUCAAGCCAACGGAGAAGUGGAAAGAUUGAAUCGUUCCAUUGGCAAGAGACUGAAGAUAAGCCAAGAAACAUUGGGAUCCGAUUGGCAGUGGGAUCUUAGAACAUUUGUGCUAAUGCAUAAUUCUACACCGCAUUCGACUACAGGCAUUGCUCCAUCAAUCCUAAUGUUCGGGAGGAAACUUAAAGAUAAAUUACCCGGAUUACUGAUGAAAUGUCCAAAAGUUCUUGAGGAGAUUCAAGAUCGUGACCGCGUGCAGAAGAUGAAGGGAGCGGAGUAUGCAGACCAUCGGCGCAUGGCAAAACAAAACGAUAUAGAGAAAGAUGACAUAGUGAUAACGAAACGCAUACAAAAAGAAAAUAAAUUGUCUACACCAUUUCACCCUGAAGAAUUCACUGUUAUUUCGCGUAAUGGCUCAAAUGUGACCUUGAAAUCGAAGGAGAGUGGGAAAAUUAUUAACCGCAACGUAUCACACCUUAAAAAGCUCGUUUCAGAUGAAAAACCCAUCGCGAACGAGCCAGAAGCACCGAACCCAAAUAAUCACCGGGAGCUGAAUUUAUCAAAUUCCAGAGAUACUCCAUCCGAAGUAGGCGCAUCAAACAAGACAGGUGUUGAUGAGUCGAAUGAGAACAACGAUCUACCGGACAUCACUUCAAACGCUAGAGACAUUCAAUUCGGAAAUGGCGUAUCGAACCAGUCAGGAGUUGAUAAGGCUAAUGAGAACAACGAUCUACCGGACAUCACUUCAAAAGUUAGUAAUGGAGCAAAAUCUCGUCCAAAGAGGGAUUUUAAACAACCACUAUAUCUGAGUGAUUAUAAAGUAAAUAACCUUGUUUAG